AUGAGUUAUACUUGUAAUUCCUGUAACUUGGCAUUCACCGAUCCAGGUGAGCAAAGAGCUCAUAUGAAAUCGGACUGGCAUAGGUACAAUUUGAAAAGAAGAGUUGCUCAGCUACCACCAAUAGAUGAAGAUUUGUUUCAGUCCAAGGUUGCAUCAUUGAAUAUAACGGAUGAUAAAAGCGACACAAGGAGCAAAAGCAAACAGACUACUAAGAAAGAAAUAAGAAAGAGAGAGAGAGAAGCGAUUCAAGAGAAGAAAAGGCAAAUUUUGGAAACAGCUAAACAAGCAAUGUUGGCAAAUGACCCGAAGAGCGUCACGAAUACUCCUCCUAGCCUUGAUCAUAAAAAGGUGAAUGAGAAUACGGACCGAGAAUCUGAUGACGAGAGCAAGGAUAUUGAAGAAGUGAAUGUCAUUUCCGAAGGGGAUUUACAAGAGAAAUUAAUGGCAGAGAAACUUCAAAACAGAAUAGAUAUUCCUAUAACAACUUGUUUAUUUUGUCAUUGCAAGAAGAAUGCUGAAUUUGAAACUCUAGAAAAAAAUCUCGAUCACAUGUUUCUGAAACAUGGCUUAUAUAUUCCAGAGCAGGCUUAUUUGGUUGAUAAAGAAGGUCUCAUUAAGUAUUUGGGUGAAAAGAUAGGUUUGGGAAACGUUUGUCUAUGCUGCAAUUACCAAGGCAAGAACAUAGAAGCUGUCAGAGAGCAUAUGUUGUAUAAAAGACACAUGAGAAUACCAUACGAAUCCGAAGAUGAAAAAUUGGAAAUUUCAGAAUUCUAUGACUUCAGCUCAACUUAUGAUUCUCAAGUAAAUGCUGGCGACCAAGAGAAUGACGAGGAGUGGGAAGAUGUAUCUGAAGAAGAUUCAGAUGGGGAUUCACCAGAACCGGAGUCUAUAUAUCAAAAUGGCCAUGAACUUAUCUUGCCAUCCGGUGCGGUUAUUGGGCACAGAUCUCUUGCUAGAUACUACAAGCAAAACCUCCCUCCAGAUAGAAUUUUGCUGGAAGGUCAAGGAACAGUUGUGGCUGCUGAAACGAGACGCAUGGCAAGACGCGCUGAUAGACAAGAAGUAGCAACUCAAAGUAGAGUUUGGAAACAGGAGAAAAAGAGAGAGCAAUUAAAUGAUAAAAGAGCAAAGAAGUUCAUCAACAACCAGCCACAUUACAGGGACCAACUCUUACAGUAA